CAACUCAUUCCAUGUCUGCUCUGGUCAUCCCUCUGCAAUUUGUAUUUGAGCCUUUUGAAACGCUUCUUUGGUUGGUACUGUGUAAGGAUUGCCAGACAUCCUGCGAGAACAAUCCAAAUAUGCAUCAUAUUCAUCAGUAUCUGUUCUGUGGGUUUUGUGUGGUUUCAUUCAGAAAAGAGAGCAGUAAAAUUGUUCAUCCCUCAAAGCAGUAGAGCCAUAGACGACUUGGAAAGUGCUGAGAAAUACUUUCGAGUCGAUUUUCGAGAGGAAAUCAUCCUUUUAGCGGCAUCACCUGGUCAUCCUAACGUUCUUACUCCUAAAUGUCUGAGACAAGCCUUUCAAGCUCAUAAUGCAGUUAUGGGAAUUGAAUCUUAUUCUCACUUCUGCGUCACACUGUCUGGGAACAAAUCCAAGUCCUUAAACGAUUGUAUGAUGAUCAACCCACUGGAAUUUCUACAGUUCAAUGAAAGCAAAGUGAGCAGCGAUAACAUUGAACUGGUUCAACAGGAACUGAACAAGGCUUACAAUAACACAAGUUCACUUAUGCGGAAUGGACGCCCAUUCUGGUUAAACUUCGACCGAAUGUUUGGAGAUGCGAGUCGAAAUCAAGGAAGCAUAACAGGCGCCAAAGCAUUGCAAAUAAUUUAUCUCCUCCGUAAUCCCAAGGAUAACGAUGCAAAUGAAAAGGUUCUCCAAUGGGAAAAGACUUUCUUAGAUAAACUGGCCUCAUUGGUAGACGAACUGUCAUGCUUCAAAGUCCAUUAUUCAAGUGAAAGGAGCCUGGAUGAUGCCAUAGGUGAAAGCACUGGGUCUGAUAUCAGUCUAGUGUCAGUCACUUUUAGCCUCAUGAUUUCUUUUGCUUGCAUCAUGCUAGGAAAGUUCUUGAAUCCGCUGACUGGCCAUUCCCUACUUGCCAACGCAGGGGUGUUUGCAGUGGCCCUUGGUAUUUUAGCCGGACUUGGCAUUGGUAUGUGGUUCCGAGUUCCCUUCCUCAGCAUGGUGGGAAUAGUGCCUUUCCUAGUUCUUGGAAUCGGCAUAGAUGAUAUGUUUAUCAUGGUAGAUGAGCUUGAUCGACAACCACGUGAGCUGUCAACAACUGAGAAAAUCAAAGCAGUUAUGAAACAUUCAGGAGCAACUGUCACCAUGACAACUAUGACAGACUUAGUUGCAUUUGCAGUUAGUACAUCUUCCUCAUUUCCAGCAAUCAGGUAAGGCACUUAUUUAAUGAUUACAAACACCUUUCGAGAGCCUAAAUUUUUUUCAUAAGCAUCAGGGAAUGUAAACACAUACCAUUUCACUUUGCUAACAAAUGGUCUUCGAUUUUCAAGUCUAAAAACCUUAAACCGCUUCACUCCGGCAGAAACAGCCCAGUCCUUGCUUUAAAGAGAGGAAAGGUUGAGUUCUUCUUUUGGGUUCAUUUUAGUGAAAGAGUUGUUAACCUAAACUCAUUGUCAUCACAACAGCCAAUCAGAACAGAUGAAAUAAUUAUAGGGAGCAAAAACAGAAUUCAGAGCGAAAUUAACAGUGAGUGAAUAAAUCACAAGUAAACUCAGUUUUGCUUCUGAUUGGAAUAGAGGCUGGUGUAAGAUUUCACCCCAAAGGGAGAGCUCAAUAAUCACCAGAUUGCUCUAUAUGUAAGGAAAAAGCAUCUCAAAACUUUGAAAAGCAUCUCAAAACUUACAAGGAUAAUUCUUUUAACAAUCAAGAGCUUCUUUGGUUGGUGAUCAUUUCUUUUAUUUUCGUGACCUUCAUGUGUGUUUCAAGGGUGAUAAUAAAGGGAAAUAUUAGAUGCUGGUCACCUUAGGGUAGAGGGUUAAACAAAUAUUUAUAGUGUUGAAAGAAAGAAGAGGAUUUCAACUGACCUGAAGAACUUAGUUUACCGUUACAAACAGUAAAAUCUGUCCCUCUAAACACCCAUGAACACAGACUCAGUUCUGGGUAGAGGCUCAGUUACCAAUUGCUUGGAAAAAUUUUCCCAAUCCGAUAGGAUUUAGGAUCAUUUGACUUGCUAUUGACAUCUCAAUACUUUUUUAUCUAGCAAGGUGAAAUGAUGUGAACAGUUAAAGUUUUUUUCAGAUUUUCCUCUACAUUUAAAUUUAUACUAAAAUAAUUUCUUUCAUAGGUAUUUCUGCACCUACGCUGCUCUGACAGUGACAUUUUCCUUCCUAAUGGUUGUCACAUUCUUUGUUGCUAUUAUGACAUAUGACGUGAGACGAAUUAAAUCCGGACGCAGAGAUUGUAUUCCACUUCUCCUGGCGCCUCGACCAAAAGAGGGUAUGCCAGCCUGGGAAGAACCUCUUCCACAGACUUCAAAUCGAGUUAUGAAAUAUUGGGCCACAUUGUUGAUGCUUCCAGUCACAAAAGUUGUGGUCAUACUAUUGUCACUGACAUUGCUUGCUGCUGGAAUAUAUGGGGUCACCCAGGUGGAGGAGUCUUUUGAUAGGCGCAUACUGGCCAAAGAUGAUUCUUACUUGAGGCAAUUCUUGACAGCUCAAAACAAGUACUUUCGAGGUGGAAUAGAAGUGAAUCUUGUAGAGACUGGUAAGAUUGAUUACAACCUAGACUCAACCCAGGAAAGCAUCAAACAGCUAACAAAUAUCUUGAUUGAAAAUGAAUAUUAUCAGAACCGAUCAUUAUCCUGGAUGGACACAUUUUCUCAGUAUGCCAAGAUGUCUAAGAAAAACAUUACUGGCUCAGGAUUUCUACGCGAACUAAAACAAUUCCUCCAAAUUCCCACCUUCUCUUAUUACAGGCAGGACCUGAGGUUUUCAGAGGACGGAAAAAAAAUAGACGCUUCUCGUGUCAUUGGUUUUAUGAAGAGUUCCAGCAGCUCCACUUUCCAUAAGAAUGCAAUGCUCACACUCCGUGAAGACAUUGAAAAGAAAACAAACCUGGAGGCCUUUCCAAUAGUUCGAUAUUUCAUAUUUUUUGAAAUGUACGCUAUGGUGAAAAAGGAGACCAUACGAAACCUGAUUAUAUCAGCCUUAGCAGUGUUUAUUGUCACAAGCCCCUUUUUAGCAGACUGUACGGUGACGCUCCUAGUGGUGUUAAACUUUACAGCCCUGGUUUGCGAGUUGUUCGGUUUGAUGGUAAUCUGGGAUGUGGCUCUGAACUCUGUGUCCAUGAUUAACCUUGUUAUGGCUAUUGGCUUUGCGGUUGAUUACAGUGCACAUAUCGCCCAUGCCUACAUAACAUCAAACAAGGCAACUGCUAAUGAACGAGUAGUGGAUGCUCUGACUACACUGGGUGCAAGUGUUUUUAUGGGAGGUAAGUCAGGAGCUCAAUUACUUAUUACAAAUCUUGUGUUUUGAAAAAUAAGAAGCCUCCCCCACCAUCACAAAAAUUUCUUCUGCCAGCAUCUUAUUCCAUAGAGCUGAUUGACAUGUGGUUCACAAGACACACAGCUUUGAUAUUUCUGCAGUGGAAUCAUGUGUACUUGAAGCAUCUGUUGGUUGAGUAUUGGUUGAUACCAUUGGCUGACAUGUUGACUAAGUGUUGGCUGUUACAUUGGCUGAUACACAACUCACAUACUGACGGAGUAGCGGCCGAUGUUGACCGAAAUCGGUGGCCUCUCAACUAACGCGCAUGUCAAACGAUACUUGGUAGACAUGCUGCUGAUACUUUACCCACACACUCAGCCCACACUACUUUCACUUGAUCUGCUCUUGUUAGUAGGUUCUAUCUAUUCUACUUCAAUGUUUACUUAUUUUCUCAGUCCUAAGUCUUUGUUAGCGUAAUACAUGGCUUAGGGGAAGGAACUAGGACAGUUACGAUUCCAGCAAAACAAUGAUUAACAAUACACAUAUACCACCCCCAGUCCACCCAUAUGCCACCGACUCUCGACCAAUAUGCUGCUGACUGUUGAUCGCAAUGUACUGGUUGAGGUGUCAGACGAGUGUCAACCAACAUAUAGACCUAGUAGAGACUGAUAGUGGUGACCAACAAUCCAGCUGGUAUCUAACAUGGCAAUCCAAAGUUGGCUGACUACCGGUCAACGUGUCUGUGGAGUAUCGAAUGACUCACAGUCGAUAUGUCAACCAGUAAUAUUGGUCGAUAUUUGGCUAACAGAUGCCUUAAGUACACAUUAUCCCUGUAUUGUAGCUGAAUUAACAUUCUAUAAAUAUAGCCAUCAAUGUUGGUUCUUUUUUUUCAAAUCAGAUUUCUUAAGAAUAGGAUUUAUAGUUAGAGCAUUUUUUCAGAUACACUGUGCAUGAUUUGAAAGACUUCUAAAUUUACCAGCACUGUAUAUGUCAUGAACUCCUCUAGAGAUUUCUUUUUUGUCUGAUGAAGGAUUCAGUACCUUCCUUGGUAUGGUUGUGCUUGCUUUUGCUGCUUCAGAGAUUUUCCGCAUAUUCUUUCGAAUGUUUUUUGGCAUCGUUGUGCUUGGCCUUUUUCACGGCUUGUGUAUCCUGCCAGUUUACAUGUCCUUCCUCUGCUGGAGACCUGCUGUUAUCACAACUCCCUCGGUGAGGGACACUUCUGGUGAACAUGGAGAAGGAAAAGCAUUAGAAAAUUCCACCAAUGACUUUCAGGAUGAUAAACCAGCCAGCCAAAAGAAAGAAAACGUUGCUGUUGAGAUAGGAAUUAAAAAUUUGGAGAUUGAAGAAGACAGAGAUGAG